AGGCAAAGCGCUACAGUGAGAGAGGGGAGAACGAUGCUUUACCCCCGACGAAAGACUGGUCGGGGCCGGGUAUCGGGAGCGAAGCUGAUGAGGGAAGAGCCGAAAAUAGCGAUGUACCGAUGAAAGCGGACAGCAGUAGAAUGAUUUCACGGUACACCAGGCGGCCAGUAUCGCACAACCUAGAAAUUCGUGGAUUGUCACGAACUAGUCUAGACCAUCACCCCCUUCCAGAGGAGGCCGAUGAUGAUUACCUACCUCAGCACCUGCUUCAUGACCUGCAGGAAGCGGUGUCCACCUGCAACAGCUCGGAGGCGUCUGGAGUGUCGGAGAGGUCACGCUGCCACACGGUCACCACAGGGGGCACGGGACGGUCGUGGUCCGGGAUUCACAGCUACACGGGCACCGGCAUCUCCACUGAGCGUAGCUCUGUCUUCUCCUGGGGCUAUGAUGAGUUUGACAAGGCGGCGUCGCGGCAGGUGCAGCAGAUGUUUGAGGAGAUCGAGGAGGAGCUGUACGAGGGGCGGGGGGGUACACAGCUGCAGGGUCUGCAGGAGGAGUGUCAGCAGUGGGCGUCCCGCUUCCCGCACCUGCGGGUUCUGGGCUCCCAGCUGCUCCCUCCCUCUGAUGAGGGCUUCCAGUGGUUCGCCAUCAGCAGCAAGGUGACAGCCACCCACAUAACCAGGGACAGCAGGGACAAGCCGAGCGCAGAGUUAACUGUGCAGGGCCGGAAGGCGGUGUUGUCCAAGCCAUACGCAGAGGGCGAUCACUCGGCCAUGCCCAGCGACGCCCGCAGCGAGGACACGCCCAGGGUGCUGGAGGCUGAAGGCCUGAUGGAGGAGUACCUCGCCUUUGACUGCCGGGACCUGGAUGAAGAGAGGGAGAGCUCUCGGGCAGUGCAACGCCGGCUCUGUCUGCCCCCGGUCUCUCCGUACCGCUGCCGACGGCAGGCCGUUCUGGACCUGCUGUUCGACGACGUUUGGCACGAGCUGGUGGGCUGGAUGGAGGAGCUGGUGCGCAGACACUGGGAGGGGGGAGCCUCAGAUGAGGAGAAGCACGCAGCAGCCCUCAGCCCGGCUCACCCUGACGCUCAGAGCCCCUUCCUGCUGCUGUCCGCCGUGCCCACCGUGCUGCCCAGGCUGGGCCAGGCCAGGGGCCCCUCGCUGCCCGCCAGCCUGCAGCCGCAGAGUGCAAAGUCAAGGGGCUCAAAGCACAAGUCCAGGCGGAAAUCCAAAAAGCAGAGAAAGCCUUCCACUUCCAGCCGAGGCCCGCUGGGGGCAGCGGGCACGCACCACAACCUCAACGACCUCAUCGUCAUCCACGGCAUCCCCCUGCAGCAGAGGAACCUGGGAGUCCUGGACAAAGCGCAGGAAGCUGAAGAGAGGCCGUCCCACUGCCCGGGGUCAAGUGUCAUCUCCUCCAGCAAGCCUCGCCCCCGUCGGGCUCUGGAACAGAGCUCCUCUUCGCUGUCGCGGCCCCCCCAGUCUGCACGGCGCCGAAACCCGCCCCCCCGCACCCUCCUGCCCCUGGUGCCCAGCCCCGCCCAGUCCAGCACGGCCAGCUCCAUGGACGAGAUCAUCCGAGGCACUCGCCUGCCGACGGCGAGUGACCGCCUUGCUUCCCCUCCGAUGCCUCUGAGCCGAAACACCCUCCUGCCCCCUAUCGCAGCGGGAGACAUGGAGCCGAACCCUGCAGGCCUGUACCCUCGAGCAGCACAGCGGCAGAGAGGCUCCUCCAGCAGGGCUCACAGUGCUGUGGCGGAUGAGGCGGGUUCUCUGCUGCCCCGGGACAGACUGCACCUGCUGGACGUCUUCUCCCGUCCCAACACCACCCACACCUUCCGGUCCGACACGCCGUACCGCCGAUCCCUCACCGUGCUGGACAGCAUCGGGCCGGGCCGUCCCGGGCGGGCGUCUGUGGGCACAGACUCUCUGGGCAUCGGGGUGACGGGCAUCAGCCUGGGCAUAAGCAGCUCCUCCUUCCUGGACUCGUUCACCCACCACACGCUCGCCCACUCGCCCAUCGAGGAUGAGGAGGAGCCUGACGCACAGGCUCCGCCCCCAGCGCUGCUGGUGCCCCUGUCUGUCCCACCUCGAUCCCUCAGCAGGGGCGGCCUCACGUCCCGCAGCAGCCGACCGGGGCUGUAGCCCCCCCCCAACCCCCCCGAAACAGAGAACCUCACACCCAGCACGGCAGGACGCCUCCGCGCUCGGCCGUGAGCGGGGCCCCCCAGUGCCCGCACUUUGUACUGCAGCUCUUUUAUACCGCGACUGUUUGGCGAUGUAUUUAUUUUUCUAGAGCCCUAUUUUUGUACGUUGAACUUCAGCUUAACUGGCUGCCAAAGACAGGAAACUGUCUGCACACGUCAGCACCUGCUCCUCCACGCUGAGCGGUCCUCACCUGCAGGAAUCCAAACGAGGGAACAAGCCACCACACACACCUGCACACCUCACCACACCCUGCGGUUCCCACAGAAACCUCCAGUCCUGCGUUCAGGAAACCAGCGCAGGUAGCACACCUUUACGGCAAAAUGAGCGAACCAAACGGCACGCAGAACGCGAAAGGCUUUCUUUCCCAGCAGGCUCCUGUGCUGACUCUCUGUCCCCUCAUGUGAGAAGGACACUGUGCUGAGUCUCUGUCCCCUCAUGUGAGCGGGACACUGUGCUGAGUCUCUGUCCCCUCGUGUGAGCGGGACACUGUGGAUGUGCUGGUAUAGCCCUCCUGCGAUAUGCCCCACACACAGGGAACAGUGGGUAUCAUUUCUAAUAAUAAACAAUCACUGUAGUCAGCGGGCUGAAUUAGGCUGACAUGAACCCCUGCUCCCACUGAAGAGUCUCCCUUCUC